UUUGACUUACUCAUCCAUACCUUCCCGUCGGGCAUACUAUCUACCUAUCUAAGCUGCGACUUUAUCGCCUCUCCUUCUCUCAUCUGCCCCUCCGUCUGUCCACUUGCUACCCCGCCGCAUCACCAUGUCGUUCUUCAUUGAAAACCCUAAUGUCGGGGACAGAUGCUCCCUCGAGGAUUCCAGAAUCCGUGGAUACAACCCUCUCACACCCCCCAACCUCCUUCAACAUGAAAUCGCCAUGACGGAGAAGUCCCGGCAAACGGUCAUGGAAGGUCGUGAGGAGGCUAUUGCUGUCGUCCAAGGCACAGACACCGACCGUCGCCGUUUGCUGGUUGUCAUCGGCCCUUGCUCCAUCCACGACCCCGAAAUGGCCCUCGAAUACUGCGAUCGCCUCAUGAAGAUGAAGGAGAAGUACAAGGAUGAGCUGCUGAUUGUCAUGCGCUCCUACCUCGAGAAGCCCCGUACCACCGUUGGCUGGAAGGGUCUCAUCAACGACCCCGACAUUGACAACAGCUUCAAGAUCAACAAGGGCCUGCGCACCUCCCGUCAACUCUUCGUCGACCUGACCAACAAGGGUAUGCCCAUCGCCAGUGAGAUGUUGGAUACCAUCUCCCCCCAGUUCCUGGCCGACUGUCUCUCCGUCGGCGCCGUUGGUGCUCGCACCACCGAGUCCCAGGUCCACCGUGAGCUGGCUUCGGGUCUGUCCUUCCCCGUUGGUUUCAAGAACGGCACCGACGGCUCCCUGGACGUCGCUGUCGAUGCUAUCGGCUCCGUCAAGCACCCCCACCACUUCCUGUCCGUCACCAAGCCCGGUGUCGCUGCGAUCGUCGGCACCGUGGGCAACCCCGACUGCUUCGUCAUUCUCCGUGGUGGCAAGAAGGGCCCCAACUUCGAUGCUCAGAGCAUCGCCGAGGCCAAGGCCAAGCUGAUCGCCAAGGGCAUGCCUCCCCGCCUUAUGGUCGACUGCAGCCACGGCAACUCUCAGAAGGACCACAAGAACCAGCCUAAGGUGGCUGCUGUUCUGGCCGAGCAGAUUGCUGCUGGAGAGACCGCCAUCAUGGGUGUCAUGAUUGAGAGCAACAUCAACGAGGGCAACCAGAAGGUCCCUCCCGAGGGCAAGGCCGGCCUCAAGUACGGUGUCAGUAUCACCGACGCCUGCAUCCACUGGGAAGACACGGAACUUGUUCUGGAGAACCUGGCACAGGCUGUGCGCACCCGUCGGGAGAAGCUUGCUGUCAAUGGCAACGGCAACUCCCAAUAAACCAGUCACCAGUUGGGACAUGUCUCUUUUCUUCUCUUUCCUCUUUCUGCAUUGCUGUUAAAACUUGUUCCUAUAUGGGGUUCAACACGUUAUGCUCAGCCAUACCAUCUUUGUUCUCUCGACGCAUGGGUUGAUUAACGGGUCGGAUUUAUUUCUUCUAGCGGUUGUUGAUUUAUUUAUCUUGCUUGUUCUUGGUUGAGAUGAAAAAGUGAUGUCUAUUCCAUGUUCUAUUCUACUUCUUUCGGACUCUAGUACACGUUUCUCUUUAAAAGAUCUCGGUGAAAUUCCGUGGCUCAUGUUAUGUACGGAUAGUAUUGUGGGACUUUAUAUAUACUAUAGGACAGAUAUUCGGCUUAUGUCAUUGGGUUACCAGAGAAUGACCUGACAGAAGGUUUUAAGCAUUGAAAAUGUUCAUGAGCCCUGGUCUGCGUGCCCUAGAGACAUAUACACUGUGAUGAGGAUAAUAGAAUACGUAACUUGAGAG